UAUUCAUUGAACUUUCUGUGGUGUACGUACCUAUAUUACGCAGUCGUGCCUAAGAAUAUAUUUAUAUAAAUAGAAUAGAUUAAAAUGAUAUAAGUUAAAUGAACAUCCAAGUUUACGAGCUAAGGAAUUGGAAUCGCUGCACAAAUACAUCGAAGUUGUUGCGGCGUGCGGUACGACCACAAGCGAAAUGGCCCAUUAUUGGAUUGAAGAAAAUAUAAUCAAAACCGAAGAUGUCAACUAUAAUUUCGAAGGACUGGGUGGUAUUGGACAUGUGUUUUUUGAAAAGAUGAAAUUGCAGGGAGCCAAAAUUGCACAGAUUCUGGCUACAACUGGAGAAAGAGAUACAUUCGAGUCCCUUUUAAAAAGAUGCAUUAGAACUGCUAUAGUACUACAAAAGAAAGGAAUACAAAAAGGCGAUAUUGUAACUGGCUGUUCUGACAAUCACUUAGACGCAUGCGUGCCAAUCAUUGCUUCAUUCUUUAUUGGUGCCAUUCCGUGCUCUUUAGAUCCAACGCUUUCCAACAUAGAAUUAGAGAAACUAAUAUCUGCGGUUCGUCCAAAAAUUAUCUUCACUGUAACGGAUUCGCUAAAAGAAAUCAACUACUUUGCUAAAAAAUUGGAACUAAAGAGCGAAAUUGUGGUUUUUGGAGAAACAAGCGAAUUCACGCCCUUUUCUGAUUUUGUAGAACCGCAAGAAUCAGAAAAUGAUUUUAAACCAAUAUUCAUUAAGGAUCUCAUGGAAACAGCCAUUAUUUAUUUCAGCAGUGGUACUUCUGGUUUUCCUAAAGGCAUAUGCCUAAAUCAUUAUUAUUAUCUACAUCAUUCUCCACUUGUGCCGCAACCUAAAAACAAUGAUUUGGAUACAACCAGAAGACUGUUUGAGAUGAAAAUGAGGGAGGGUCCUAUAAGCUUUUUAACAUUUGGCUCUCUCUACUGGAACUCUUCAGGCGUGGGACUGUUUAUGUCAGCAAUUACUGGAGUUACUAGGUUAUUGUGUAGCAGCUUUGAUCCCCAAGAAUUUUGGUACUUGGUUGAUAAGUAUAGGGUUUUUGGUGUAUUUCUAAGUCCAUUCCAAGUAACAGAACUAGUUAAAAAUGGCAAACCAGCAGAUACAACUUGUGAUACCUUAGUAAGAAUAACUACCGGCGGUUCUGUAUUGUCUAAGGAGAAAAUAUUUGCUCUACAAGAAUUAUUACCUGAGACUGAUAUUGUGCCUACUUACGGACAAACUGAGGUUGGAAUUUUGACAAGUUUUCAAGUUCAUCAUAAAACGCAAAGGGAAUUAUAUAAGAGUAAUCCAGACAUCGUUGGUUUACCACUUAGAGGCAUAUGGUAUAAGGUUGUGGACCCAGAAACCGAUGAGAUCCUUGGAGCAAAUCAACCCGGAGAACUGCUUAUCAAAGCGAAAACGGUAAUGAAUUGCUAUUAUCAAAGAGACUGUAGCAAUAGGUACGACAAAGAUGGAUGGUUCAGAACUGGCGAUGUCGUUAAAUAUGAUGAAAAUUGCAACUUCUACGUAGUAGAUAGAGUGAAAGAAAUGCUUAAGUAUAGAGGUUGGCAUAUUCCGCCUGCAAUUUUGGAACUAGAAUUGUCACAUCAUCCUGCUGUGCGACAAUCUGUGGUGAUAGGAAGAAAACAUGAAGAAGACGGCGAUCAUCCUAUGGCUAUAGUAGUUCUGGAAAAUGAAUACAAAGGAAAAGUAACCGAAGAAGAUAUCGCAAAGUAUAUUGAAGAAAGAGUGCAAGAUAAGCAAAGGCUGCGAGGGGGAGUAAUGUUUGUAGAUAGUAUACCUCUAACACCCUCUGGAAAAGUUAAAAGAAACGAACUAAAAGAGCUAGCCGAACAACAGUAUUGCUGGAGGUAUUCCAAACGGCCUUCUAUAGGCAAUAAAAAAUAAAAAAACAAAAAAGAAAAUAUUUAUUUUUAACAAAUUAUGGUUCAUAAUUUAAAAAAAAACAACCAUUUUUAUUCAUGUAGGAAAUAUUUUAUACAAAAAUAUUUUUGAUACAAAAAUUAUAAUAUUUAUUACAUAAGUAAUAUAGUUUUCCACUUUUUUCUUAAUAGAAAAAUAAUUGGAGAGUAAAAAAUGUAUUUAAUUCUAAGAGUCUAAUGUCUACGAUGUGUGACAGAUUGUUUAUAUACUCAUUAAUAAUUAAAAUAUAAAAGAUUGUUUCACUUUAAUUUAAAUAUAUAUUUGUUGAUU